GAAAAGAAUGGAACUGUCCCAGCUCCUCAAUGAGAUCAGGGCAAACUAUGAAAAGCUCCUCACCAGCAAUCAGAUAGAGACGGUGCUCUCAGCAAGGCUCCAGCUAGAAGAAGAUAUCAGCAGAAAAAUGGACAAAGAUGAAGAGGCUUUGAAGGCAGCUCAAGCAGAACUCAAGGAGGCUCGACGCCAGUGGCACCACCUGCAAGUGGAAAUCGAGUCUCUCCACGCCGUGGAAAGGGGCCUUGAAAACUCCCUGCACGCCAGUGAGCAGCAUUACCAGAUGCAGCUGCAAGAUCUAGAGGCUGUGAUUGAAGGACUAGAGAGAGAGCUACAGGAAGUCAGGCAGGGCAUCGAAAGGCAGCUGCAAGAGCAUGAGAUGCUUCUCAACACGAAGAUGAGACUGGAACAAGAAAUAGCAACUUAUCGCCGCCUCCUAGAAAAGGAAGAAAUCAGAUAUUAUGGUUGUAUCCAAGGUGGGAAAAAAGAUCAAAAACCUACCACCAGUAAAGUUGGUUUUGUUUUACCUUCAGCCAUUAUAAAUGAAAUAUCUUUUUCAACAAAACUCUCACAAAAGUAUGAGGAUGAAAAAGUGGAAACAGUGACCAAACAGGCAAUAUUAAAUGGAAAUAUUGUGAAGGAAAGCACUGAAGCUCAUGGCACUAUUCAGACAGAGAAAGUGGAUGAAGUUAUUAAAGAAUGGGAAGGUUCCUUCUUUAAAGAUAACCCUCGAUUAAGGAAAAAAUCUGUUUCUCUUCGGUUUGAUCUUCAUUUAGCAGCCACUGAUGAAGGCUGCUUACAGACUAAGCAGGAUAAUCUGCCAGACAUAGAAGUCAGGCUCAUCAUGAGACGAUCAUGCAGCAUCCCCUCUAUCAAACCUCCGUCAGCAACUAGUUAAUCCAAUGAUUUGAAUUAACAUUUGAUUUGCAAAUGAUACUAGGAUGGACCAGGGUGUGCCAUGCUAACCCCUUCUGUCCUAAAAUGUAAGUUAUUAAGUGUAUAUGGAAAAUGUUAUGAUUCAUGUGUGAUUGUGAUUCUCUUCAGAA